AGAUGGAGAAGAGAGAGCUGGUCCAUCUUCCAAUCCAUCGUCACCCUUUGAUACCGCGUGACAUGUCAAUUCUCCACUGCGAGAUGUGCCUUAUUCGACAAAAGAACUCGGAUGGUUACCGUUGUGACAGUCAAACUUGCCUUUUUGUAAUCCACAGGGAAUGCGCAGAAUCGCCAUUGGAGCUCCACCACCCUUAUCACCCUCCACACCCUCUCGCUCUCCGUCCCCUUGAUCAUGAUCUCGGUGAAGCUUCACAGCUAUGCAGUUUCUGCGCAGAGAAACUCAUAGGAGGAUGGGUAUAUCACUGCCCCGACUGUAAAUUCAUCGUCCAUCUGCUUUGCGCUAGGAAACCGCCGGCUGUCGAUCUGGUUCAGCCCAAGAGCCACGGCCAUAAGCUCUUCCUCCUCCCCAAACCACGUAUCUUCACCUGCGAUGCUUGCGGUUUGACCCUCGAUACUCCCUCUCUUCCUUGCGCUUGUCUCCAAUGCGGAGUCAUACUCCAUGGAUCAUGCGUUGGUUUGCCACGCGUCAUCCGGAUCUCCCGCCACCAUCAUCGUCUCCGUUACGCUUCCUCUCCCCCUCCAUCUCACGAAGCAUGGUGCUGCGGGGUUUGCCGCAAGGCGGUUGACGGCCAAUACGGGGCGUAUUUUUGCGUCAACAGCUGCCGUUAUGUCGUCCACGCAAAGUGCGCAACACGAAAGGAUGUAUGGGACGGGGAAGACCUCGAGGGAAUGCCUGAAGAACCCGAAGAUGUGGAGGAGCCGUUCGAGGUUAUAAAUGACAAAGUUAUACGGCAUUUCAUUCACGAGCAUCACCUUCAAUUGAACGAGGUCGACAGUGCCAGGUUAGAUGGAAGCGAGCACUGCCAAAUAUGCGCUCUUUCUAUUCGUAUUCAUCCUGGUAACAUCUACCGCUGCACGCAAUGCGACUGCGGUUUCGUCCUCCACGAAACAUGCGCCAAUCUACCAAGAACGACGUGGCACAUGUUACAUCCCCAUCGCCUCAAGCUACAGACUUGUGGAACAGAGGUGGAUAUGUGUGACAUUUGCCUUCGGCACUUCAGUGGCUUCAAGUACGAUUGCGGCAGAGAAGAUUGUUAUUUCAAGAUCGACGUGCGCUGUGCCGCCGUCUCGGAGCCCUUACUCCAUAUAACUCAUCCACAUCCUCUGUUCUCCUUGUCGAAUUUGUUUCGCGGCAAAGCAUGCUCCGGCUGCAAGGAAACAGACAGUUUCAGCACGAAGAUGGAAUGCAUCGAGUGCGACUUCUGCUUAUGUUUCGACUGUAUAACCUUGCCACCAAAAGUAAGGUGGUACGAGCAGGAUAGACAUCCUCUUGCACUUGGCGGCGGCGGCGGCGGUGAAGAAGAGGGCGGAGAAAACUGGUGGUGGUGCGAGAUCUGUGAAGAGAAAAUGGAUCCGGGAGAGGGAUUGUAUUACACUUGUGACGCUUGUUGUGUCACUGUCCAUGCCCAUUGCCUCCUGGGGGCGGAUCCACUCAUGAAGACGGGUCAUUAUUCCGACCCAUAUGUUGAUCCCGAUAGUGUCCCGCCAAGGCCGACCGAGUUUGAAACCCUAGCCAACAUCAGUUGCUCCCGACCGUUCUGCCGUGUGUGUCGGAGGCGUUGCCCGUUUCCCACUGUCUUCAGGGCAAAGGGUCAUCAUUUCUGUACUUACCAUUGCCUAAAUUUUUGUGUUUGGUUUUAACUUUUUAAGUACUUGUUUUUCUUGUAAUUGAAAAAGACCGAUGCCCGGUUUUUAUUUC